AUGCAGAAAAUUGGAAGCCGGUACUGGUACAUAUUCUGGCAAGGCCCAUCCGGAGUAGCCGUAGAGCUUUGUGGUAGCAAAGUCUUUAAGCCGAUCCACAAAGAAGGCCCGUACCGCUACAACUACGAACCCAUAUAUGCACCUCCAUUCCCCCCUGAACUGUCAGCUAAUUUUAUGGCCAUGAAGAUGCUUUUUCACGUUGCGUUCCGAGGCAAUCCUAAGGAGUGCUUCUACAAAUCUACGGGCGUAGAUCCUGGUCAAUUGUUCUGCGGAAACUACAUGAUCAACGACUUUGCUCAGGAUUUGCAGUACAACGACCCGGUUUACAUUUGCAAUAAUGAUGGUUUUGAGUAUGCUCGAGGGUACUUCUGCGAGUACUAG